AUGGAAAAUGCUUGCAACACGAGCAACAGUUUUGUCCUACUUGGGAUAGUGGAGAUAGAAGGUUCCAGAUUCCUGCAUUGUGUUCUCUGUUUUCUCACCUACAGCUUCACUCUGUUCUUCAGUUUGACCAUUCUGUUUGUGAUCUGGGCCGAACAAAGCCUCCAUGAACCCAUGUACAUUCUUAUUGGUAGUCUUGUCCUCAAUGGGAUUUUUGGAAGCUCAGUUUUUAUGCCAAAAAUGAUGGUUGAUCUCCUAAAGUGGUCCAACUGCGUCUCACGGGUUGGCUGUUUCACCCAAGCGUUCUGCAUUGGAGUCUUCCCAAUUUCUGAAAUCAGCAUUUUCACCAUUAUGGCAUACGACACAUACAUAGCCGUGUGCCAUCCCUUAAGAUAUCCCACCCUGAUGACCAAGGAGACAGUUCUGUAUCUGCUUGCCAGUUGCUACAUUAUUAACUUCGUUUUAGUCCUUAUUGCUAUAUUACUGGUAGCUAGACUCCCUUUAUGUGGGACCCAAGUCAGAGGCAUUUUUUGUGAUAACAUGGUUCUUGUAUACUUGUCCUGUGUGGAUAAUUCCAUCAAUUAUAUCUAUGGGACAGUCAUGUUCUCAGCCUAUUUAAUUGUCUGCAUGCUGCUCAUAUCCUAUUCCUACCUGCAGAUAUCCUUGGUUUGCCUUAGGUUGACUAGUGAAACCUGCAAGAGAUCUGUCCACACGUUGGUCACCCACAUACUCAAUUUCUCUGUAUUCCUAAUCGGAGUCUUGUUUGUGUUUAUUCGCUACAGAGUCGGGCGCAAAAACUCUGCUGUUUUAAGUGUUUUUCUCUGCUUAACGACCUUUGUGCUGCCUCCAUUUCUAUACCCCUUGAUUUAUGGGGUGAGAACUAAAAAGCUGAACACUAAAGUUCUUUGCUGCUUUAAGAAAAUGAAUAAAGGUGUAUUUAGAAAGUUUUAA